CCCCCACCCACCACCCCGGUGACACGGUCGCCGCGGCAGCGACAUGUACGGCCUCCUGUGCGAGAGCCUGCACGACUUCAUCAAGGAGUCGUACGGGGACGACGUGUGGAAGCUGGUGAGGGAGCGAGCGGAUGUGAGGCUCCACUCCUUCGUCACUCACCAGGUGUACAGUGAAAGUGUGAUUCCUCGCAUUGCCAAGGCAGCCAGUGGGGUAACAGGUACGCCCUACAAUGAACUGAUGAACUCCUGGGGUGUCUACUUCCUGGGAUUUGUGGGAAAGUACGGAUACGACAGGAUCCUGAAGGUACUGGGCCGGCAUGUGCGUGACUUUGUGAACGGGCUGGAUAACCUCCACGAGUACCUGCGGUUCAGCUACCCCAAAGUGCAGCCCCCCACCUUCUUCUGCCAGGAGGAGUCUGCCACCGGGGUCACCCUGCAUUACAGGAGCAAACGGAAGGGCUACCUGCACUACGCCAUGGGCCAGCUGCGCCAGAUGGGGAAGCAGUUCUACGACACGGACAUACACGUGGAGGUGCUGUCCGAGCAGCUGGUGGGGGACUACUCCCACGUGACCAUGAGGCUCAACUUUGACAACUCUGCCUACCGCUACAUUCAGAAGGAGGACGAGGAGGAGCAGGAGAUCCUGCCCAUCACCAGUGACUUCUUCUUCGAAGUCUUCCCCUUCAACAUCGUCUUCAGACAGGACAUGGUGGUGCACAACGUGGGCUCUGGCCUGGCCACCGUCUUCCCCGACCUGGACGGAAAGAAGAUCAACGACGCCUUCCUGUUGGCACGCCCCCUGGUGGAGUUCACCUGGAACAUGAUCAUCUCGCACCCCAACAACCUGUUUGAGAUCAUGUCCAAGGAGCCGGUGAAGAGGGAGAGGAACCUGCACAACCGCGUCCAGAAUUCCGACUACGAGAACACCAACCGCUCUGCGGACGUGGACGUGGAGCUCAUGGCCUUCCAGUCCAUCAUCGGAGACGACUACAAAGACGGAAACAGCGCCAAUGCCAUGGAGAGCUGGGGAGACGGCAGCCGCUGUCUGAAGCUGAAGGGACAGAUGAGAUACAUGCCCGAGUGGGAGUCCAUCAUCUUCCUGGGGACACCUGUAAUGGAGAGUCUGAGUGCCAUGUUUAAGACUGGCCUGUACAUCAACGACCUGAGCAUGCACGACUCCAGCCGGGACCUGGUGCUGGCCGGCACACAGCAGUCAGAGGAGCUGAAACGGGCCCUGAUUCAGGAACAAAAGAAGUCCAGCAAGCUGGAGGAGAGCAUGAAGAUGCUGGACUAUGAGAUGAAGAAGACGGACGACCUGCUGUACAGGAUGAUCCCCAAACCUGUGGCCAAAAGGCUCCGUAAGGGAGAACCGGCCGUCAACACCUGCGAGGUAUUCCCGGAUGUGACCAUCCUCUUCAGCGACGUGGUCGGCUUCACGCGCAUAUGCAGCCACAUCACGCCCAUGCAGGUGGUGUCCAUGCUGAACACCAUGUACACGCUCUUCGACACGCUCAGCGAGAAACACCGCGUCUUCAAGGUGGAAACUAUUGGCGAUGCCUACAUGGUGGUUGCCGGGGCACCGGAGAAGACCAAAUACCACGCCCACAACAUCUGCGACAUGGCGCUGGACAUGGUCCGGUCCAUCGACCACCUGAAGGACCCGUCCAACGGGAACAACAUCCAGAUCCGAGUUGGAAUUCACUCCGGAAUGGUGGUAGCGGGAGUGGUGGGGCACAAGAUGCCGCGGUAUGGUCUCCAUGGCGACACGGUGCACACGGCUUCUGCCAUGGAGAGCAAUGGAAAGGAGAUGCAUAUUCAGCUGAGCAGCGCUACAUAUGAGCACCUGAAGGGCAGCCAUUUUAUCUUCGAGCGAAGGGGAACUAUCACCAUCAAGGGUAACGUGGAAAUUGAGACGUACUGGCUGAAGGGAAAGAGAGACAAAGACGGAAAUGCCCAGGCGGCCUGUCCUCAGCUCGAGACCCAAACCAUCAGCAAAGCCACCAUCUCCCCACCGGACCCCCCUAUCAACGAGGACGUGUUGGUCUUUCCCUCUGUGGCGGGUGAGGAUGAGGACGACGUGAAGUCUGUUCCCUCCCAUCGAAUCAAGAUGGAGGCCUCUGGUAACUCCCUGGAAGAGUCCACGGAGGAAUGCAGGGUGGAGGACUCCUCUGUGAGCAAGUCGCACUACAAGGACACGCUCCAGGACAGCGGCCUGCAGGACGGGCACAUCGAGCUGAACUCGGCCGAGUUCAACGGGCGCGACUCCAUCAUGGCGUCCCCCUCGGGCUCCUGCGACUCCCGCGGCUUCGAAAAGAGCGCCAUGUGCCGUCUGUCCUGAAGCGGGACGCCGUGAGGUCACACCCCCCCCCCCCUUACCCCCCUGCCCCUCUCCUUCCACCCUGCAGGACACUCAGAGCUCUUAUAAUGACACCUUUGCUACAUUCACAUGGAUCAGGCUAGAUGGUGGACGGCAGAACGACACUUUUGGGAUGAUAAAGGAAAAAAAGCAAGAUGGCACGAGGGCGCAUGUGUACGUUGCUCUGGUGAUGUUGCUAGGCGAUAGAACUGUACAAACGGCUAUUUCCAGCAUAGGCAGGAGUAUUGUGCUUGGUUAUAGCUCUUUGUCUAUGUUUGUUGGGG